AUGAGUCCACACCUUCCAAGCUGCAAACUUGUUGCCCUUAAAGCUCUAGCAGACUUAUUAUUGUGUCUCUCCAUUGAUUUUUCCUCAAGCAGGAAAGGAACUGGACCUUGGAGGCUACAAUUUGAAGAACUGCUCUGUGUGGAGUUCUGCUAUAGCAAGCUCACCUCAGAUUUAGAAAACUCUCAGAAAACCAGAGAAGCUGCCCAAAAACUUGAUAGGAUUCCCUUCGGCACCAAGUUGCACUCCUUUUUCUGCAGGCUCCAUUCCAGGACAGAGAAAUUGAAUUCAAGUGGAGUGUUUUUGAGCAUGGAUCCAACUGACUCAGCCUGGACUACCGAACCUACAAUGAAAAAUGAAAGUUGUAGUGUCUUUCAACCAACAAUUAACUUGGAACGCUUAAUGCCAGAAUUAUUGAUAGUCACCAUUGCCCUGAUUGGACUGGUAGGAAAUGGUCUUGUGCUCUGGCUCCUGGGUUUCCAGAUGCAGAGGAAUGCUUUCUCUGUCUACAUCCUCAACUUGUCAGGCUCUGAUUUUCUUUUCCUCUCUGUCCAGUGUAUAUACCACCUAGGGUUACUUAUUACUAGAAGUGUUUCAAUGUCUGACUCCAUCAACAGAUUAGUUAUCUCAGUAAGAAAUUUAGCCUAUAUGACAGGCCUGAGCAUUCUUAGUGCCAUCAGCACUGAGAGAUGUGUGUCAGUCCUGUGGCCCAUCUGGUACCACAACCGUCCAAAAAACAUCUCAGCUAUCAUAUGUGCCCUGCUCUGGGCUUUGUCCCUGUUGUUGACCAUGUUAAAUGAGGCAUCCUGUGGCAUCCUGUUUGGUAAUUACAAUAGAAAUUUGUGGCGACGUAUUAAUAUUAUCAUUUCUGUGUGGCUGAUUUUUUCAUGUCUGGUUCUCUCUGGUUCCAGCCUGACCUUAUUGAUCAGAUUGCUAUUUGGCUCCCAGAGGAUAAAGCUGACCAGGCUGUAUAUGACCAUUGGACUUACAGUGAUGGUCUUCCUCCUCUGUGGCCUGCCAUGGGGCAUCCACUGGUUCCUUUUUUAUUGGUUUUUAGAACAGUGUGAUACAUUCUUAAAAUUCAACCGGAUUAUGUAUGUGCUAACCUGGAUCAACAGCUGUGCCAACCCCAUCAUUUACUUCUUCGUGGGUUUUUAUAGGCAGAGGCAACAGAGACACAUAUUCAAUCUUAAAUUUAUUCUGCAGAGGGCUUUUCAAGAUGUUCCUGUGCUGGGUAAACAUGAAGGCAGCCUUCCUCAGGAGUCUCUGGAGAUCUCAGAAAAAGUCACAUUCACUAAUUCUGAGUCACUAAUGUAG